CAUGUUGUGAUAUUUUUUCUGUGAUUUGAAAAUUUAAAUUUAAAAGUAGCUACGUUAUUUAUAUAAAAAAUAUUUUGAUAUAAUCAAUUUGUAAACAAAAAUGGUAACAUGUGCACAGUGGUUGGUUUUAGUUGGAAUAACUGCCUUGCAAAUAUCCGGAACAAAGGGUCAAGAAGAAGCUCCGCAGAAGAAACCGCAGUCAGUAAGAGAUCUCCUCAACACCACAUCAUGUAUACCGCCGCCGUAUCGAUGUCCACACCCCAAAAUGCAGUUUUUUCUAUAUACCAGGACUACUCAAGAAAAGGGUGAACUAAUAAACACGCUCGACAAUGACUCUUUAACGUACUCGAGAUUUAACACCAAACAUCCUACGAAGAUCGUCGUGCACGGCUUCGGAGGAGGUCGGAACCUCUCACCAAGUACUGACAUGAGGAAAGCCUACUUUACCAAAGGGAACUAUAAUAUCAUUAUAGUGGACUAUGGAUCUCUUGUGAAGGAACCGUGUCUAAGUCAGAUCGAGUGGGCGCCUCGCUUCGCUGGCCUCUGCAUUGCUCAGCUGGUGGAGUACCUACAGUACCAUCCCGUCAAGUCAGUAGCGCCCGACAAGCUUCACACCAUCGGGUACAGUGUGGGCGCCCAUAUACUUGGCCUGGUCGCUAACUACUUGGGCAACGGGAAACUUGGCAGAAUCACCGGUCUGGACCCUACCAUAUUGUUUUACAUGGGCACCAACCGUUCCCGUGACCUGGACUACACAGACGCGCACUUUGUGGAUAUCCUACACACGGGGGCUGGAAUCCUCGGCCAGUGGGGACCCAAUGGACACGCUGACUUCUACGUCAACGGUGGCUCCAGCCAGCCUGGAUGUGCUCAUGACACUAUAUUCCAAACCCUUUCAUGCGACCAUACCAAGGUGACCCCGUACUUCAUAGAGUCGAUCAACAGCCGAGCUGGUUUCUGGGCGGGGCCUUGUUCAAGCCUGUUCUCGUACCUCAUCGGGUGGUGUGAGCCCAAGGAUACGGAGUAUGUGCUGAUGGGCGAACAUGUCAGUCACAAUGCCAGAGGUGUCUACUAUGUGACGACGAACGCUAAGCCGCCAUACGCGAGAGGUUUCCCGGGCAAAUCUCGAAGACUCCGUUCAAUCACCCCCUAUAGUUGAUGAUGUUACUUUAACUUAGAAAAAUAAAACUUACCAAAACUUAGGUGUUCAAUUAAGUAGCUAGCCAUUUUUGUCGGGGUUUUAAUAUAAGUAGAUUAACUUAUUAAGAAUAAUGAAAAUUAUUGUGAGUGUUGGUAGGCCGUAGUAAGAAAUUGAUUGUCUAGGAAUACUUAAAUCUCAGUUCCUAGCAACUGCUUUGAAAUAUAAAUGUUUCUAAUGUAAACAGGAAUAAAUAUAUAAGACAUUUGAAACUAUUGAACUAAGUUCUGAAAUGAGUGCGUAAAUUGUGGUAAAAAAAAAUACCCAUUGGUAAUUAAUAUACUUAUUUUUGGGAAAGAAAUGUUUCUGAUAAAUCACCGCCGUUAUUGUAUCUUUGGAUAUGAUUGUGUAGUUACUCAAAAUGAGUGUUAAUUUAUUGAUUUAUUUAAGAAAUUUGUGAUAAUACUUUUACUUAGGAUUAAAGAGGAUUUCA